CCAUCUUCCCUUUCGGUCCUUGCACACCCGGGAACAAGGUCGUGAAAGCAGGAGUUGGUACCGCCAUUUCUUCCGCCCUCGGUCUGCACUUUCCGCAGAGCCUCGAGCAGCGCCAUGUUGGGGCAGAGCAUCCGAAGGUUUACCACAUCUGUGGUCCGAAGGAGCCACUAUGAGGAGGGCCCAGGGAAGAAUUUGCCAUUUUCAGUGGAAAACAAGUGGCGGUUACUAGUUAUGAUGACUGUAUACUUGGGAUCUGGAUUUGCUGCACCUUUCUUUAUAGUAAGACACCAACUGCUUAAGAAAUAAAGAUGUUUAAGUUCAUCCAUGAUACAGAUAAGAAGAGGAGCAUUCUAAGAAGUCCAGCCUCU